AUGGGAACGAGUUUGCGAGGAAAUGCUUUUGAGAAAUCGUUCAAGGAUGCCUUCAGAAACGAGUUCGGAGAUGAGCCAAUUUUCAAUUCCCGUUCGAUGGUCAAAGUCACCUUUAAAUUCGCCGAACUGAUCAGAAAAGCCGCGAUUCGCGAUGAAUUCGCAACUUUCGACGCCAACGACAUUAUUUCGGUCCUGGACGCGCAUUCUAGCGUCAUUCGCUACGUUUCUGUAAUUAUGCCGCGCCAGGAUCGGACUUGCUUCAACACAGUAGAUUUCAAUUACCGCUGCGAUUCGCUGCUUGCUGAGCUGUAUCAGAAUGAGAUUUUUUAUCCAGAAAAGAUUCAAAUGAAAUGGAGAAUGAUUGUUAGAAACUUUGUCGAAAUUAAUGGAAUUCAGUACAUUCGAAACGAUCUGAAUCAAAAUGAGCAGCCGAAGCACACGAUCGUAACGAUCGACGAAAUUCUCUGCGCACCAUGCUUGAAAACGACCCAAAAGACAUUCGACCAUUUACCCGCUUUAAUUGUGAUCCUCUUCAUGUGCCUUUUUAUUUAUACUGGACGGGCGCUUCUUCGUACUACAGAAGGAGAACCUCCGCCUCAAAUUCCUCCGAAAUUCUAUGCAGGCGACCAGUUUCCAUUUACAGAACUCUAUGGCUUUGGCGCGACGAAUCCGAGCAAAUCUACUCAUCUUGUCCUAAAAGAAAUUCUCCAGGCGAAGGAACACCUUCCCCUAAAUUGGUUCUCCGACAUCUGGAGUUGUAUCGCUUCGGAUCGUUCUCUGUUGAUUCUUCGUUUCCCGUCGCCAAGGAAUUUCAUCCUUGGGUUCACGUAUGCAACGCUGGACUGGAUCGUCGACAGACAAUCAUCGUUCGGAGAAUAUGGACAUCUCUCGCCAAUGCGACCCGUGGCGAUUGUCGUUGUUGCGAGUUUGACGCACAAGCGCGAUAUAGCGACUCUCAUUAAAAAACGCCUCGAAUACCUACCAAUUUUCAUCACCACCGCGGAAGAUUUUCUUCACAAGACCGCUUCGAAAUCUCUGCUUCUCGAUUCCGUCGAGAAAAUCAUCAUUCAAGACCCUGCCGAAUUUCUUCAUCUUGCACCGAUUCAUCAAGUUAUCAAACAAGUUCAAAGCGCAGUCCAAACAACUGAUGGAAUUGGAAUUGAAAGCCUCAAUCUUUACCUCGACUCCACGCGCGCUUUUCCUGAGUUUUUACAGUACUUUAAUGCGGACGACUCUCUGUACAUAACCGACAAUCUCGUGGAGUCCCACGCUCUUCAAGGGACGAAAAUGGUCGUUUCCAAUCAUCCAGUCAUUCCAAAAGUCGCGAAAGAUGCGUUUUUCGGGAAAACUUUCCCGGUUGAAAUGUCCGAUUUUUCAAAAUUCAUCGCUGCGCCGAAGCUUUCUUCAAUUUCCGUUACACAAAUUCCUCCAAACAGCCUGUCCUUCUCUUCCAUUCUUUCAUCGUCCCUUUCCUGUCCAUUCAAUCAUCGUGACAAAGUGACAAUCGCCGUAACAAUUCCUCCAUUCCUCGAAGAAGGAAAGUCGAUUGUUGGUUGGCAGAAGGUUCACGAUCUAUACCUUCAAAUUAUGCGCGAGUUUCCGGAUCAAAAGCUCUUUCCUUCUGAUGUGCUUGAAAAGUUCAGCAAGGUCAAUCACUGCCCAAUGAUGAUAAAAAGAGGUUUUUGUGAUGCUCCUUUUUUCUGCAGGAGAAAAGCAGGAGGGAAGGGCCCCACUUAUCACAAUCAUUUCCAACCUUCAGUCGACCAAACAGAAAAAGACGAAACUUACAUCGUCACAAAAAUCAACGAUCUGAACGAAAUCACUGCCAUUGCCAGCUCAAGCGACCUGCCAAAACUUCUCAAUCUCUCCCAGAAACUCAAAAGCAUCAUGCCAACCGACCAGAACGCGAAAAAAUUCAACGUCGGAAAAGACUUCGGCAUCGGGACGCUCGUUUCAGUAAGCCACAUCUUCAACGGGCAAAAAAUUAACGCAAGAGGAAGAGUUGAACAAGUGGACAUCAAGAGGGAUAGAUUUCAUAAUCGCAUUUGCGCGUUGCUUCUGCUUGAUACUGAGGAGAUUCUUGAAGUGAAAGAUGAUGAUGUCGAAAUUGCAGAUGAAGAAGUUUUUGGACUGAAAGCUUUUCCGUUGAUUUCCACGAAAAUUAUCAUCCCAGGCAUGAAAAAGGUCUCAUUUGAGAAAUCAAAGGAAGCAUGUCUUUUCAUGAUGAAACUACUCGAGUACAAAAACGAAAAAGUAAAGCUCAAGAAAAUCGGAUCAAUCGAUAACGGCCGAGUGGUUUACGCAGAGGAUGUGCUCUUCCGCAGUGGAAUUUCACUUGUACUUCAACUUGUGGAAGAAGGAUAUGGAAUGAUCGAUGAAAGGGACAAGAAUCAAAUUCUGCAGAUGCUUCGGGUGAGCCUUGGCAAAGCAUCUGUUGGAAAAAUAGAGACGGGAACUGCCGAACAAAUUCCUUUUUCGGAAAUCAAGAAAGAAGUCUCCCCGCCAAAUGAAGAGAAGACUGGCUUCUUUGAUUUUCUAAAUGAUGAUGGAAAAAUGACACCAGAAGAACAAAUGAACGAACUUCUUAGGACCUUACGUGAGAGAAGCAAAACGACUGAAGAGAAGACAUCAUUUGAUGGAAUGCUCGAAAAAGAGCUGCUGAGAGUCGACCAAAAUGAGAGCAAAGAUGAAGAAGAAAAAACUAACGAGGAGGAAUCAGAGGAAAUGUCCACUGAGACAAGAAUGCUCUCGGAAGUAGUAGUCGAAGUGGAGACAUUAAAUUUAGAGGAAGAGGGACAAGAAGUCAGGGAUUUUUUCGGUGCAAGUCCAUCGAAAAAUGAUGAGCAACAAAGUAAAAAAGCGAAUUCACAAGGAGAAAUGUCCAAUGAAGCACUGAAUCAACCUGAAGAAUCAAAAGAAAUUAUGCCAGUAGAGGAAGAAGGUCUUGAGAAAUCAUCAUCAUUCGAAGAGAUCGAAGCGCCCCAGGAUUCGCGCGAUACGGCUCAAUCUUCAGAGGAGGAAACAAUCGAGCUGAUUUCUUUGGAGCCUCGAGAUCUACCCGUUGAUAUUGAAGAUCUUAUUCCGUUCUCGAUAUGUAAAUUGAAUUUUGCCAGUGUCACAAUGGAAGGAGCUUUUUCCGCGGCUCUUUGCGACUUGUCAGACGCCGAAAAAAGUGUGAUAAAAAGAUUUGAAGAAAUGGCGAAGCUCGGCGAGUUCUCCUCGAUACUGGACAUAGCGGUCGAUCUUCAGACGAUUCUUGAGGAUGAUGAAGAAUACGAAAAUCCUAUAGUGAAGCACCUUUUUGUCCUUCUUAGCAUCAGUUUGCCGAAAUGGAAAAUAAAGGAUGAAGUGGUCUCUGGCUUUUAUACUUACAUGCUCUCGAGAACGAAAAGGUUGGACGCUCCGUUGCGGAAGAAAAUACUCUUUGAUCUUCGAGAAAUCUAUCGGGAAAAGCCGAAUUCAAUGCAGAAAAGAUUCAUUUGUGAAAUUUUGAAAGGAUUCGAAGUCUACGAUUUCGUCAAUCAUGAAAACGAGCAUUGGCAGCUUUUGCAGUCGUAUCUUUGUGAAGAGCAAUUUCCUGACUUUGAGUGUUUCUUCGAGCUCUGGAAAGUAGCCAGUGGCAGAAAGGAUACGAUAAUUACGGCGGAGAUUAUAAGCUGUGUGAAUAAAGUUUGUCUGCUUUUUGCGAACUUUGGUCGAGACUUCAGCGAUGAGCAGAGAACCGGAUUCGGAAAAGGCUUUAUCGAAGACUGGGUGCUUCCCGUCAUCACUCAACUCCUCUCCCGACCUUCUCUCCCCGAAAGCAUCACUCCGAUCUACAAACACGUAAUAAUAGUAAUGAAGGAAACUUUGAAACGCUGCUGCUUUGAGCCAGUCGUCGAAUUACUUGUUCCAAAAAUCGAGAAAUUGAAAGAACUCAAUCGUCAAUUCUCCAAUGCAGAAAGAAACAACGAUUUUGCUUUGAAAAGUGAACAAGGACUCGGACUCAAUGGGAUCUUCGGCGCUGUGAUAAAAAGUGCAGUUCAGGCGAAGAAGAUGAUCGGUUUUAGAAACAUGUCUGGCGCGAGUCCGGAUCCAAACUUGAGAGAAAGAGAUGGAGGGAGAGCUCUGUCUCUCAAGUGGUUGGAGCAUCGAGGCUGGAUUCAGCUGAAAACAGAUCUGCCAAGGGAAGUGGUGCAAAUUGAGUCGUACGAUUUCCAGCUGAUAGAUGCGAAGAUCCUCAGAGUUUUUAUCAGGGAUUCGAAGGGUCAAAAUUUUAGUCAAACGAUCGAAUUGCUAGAAGUAGUCAAGAAUGUGCGAGUUGCACCAGUAAGUGCUCGAGUGCUCAAGUUCCGAAUCAACAAGUUCAAUCGAGAUAAAUGGGGAAAAGUGAGCUGGCUGAAGGGAUCGUUCUUGAGCAGAGAUAUUGAAGGAGCUUGGUCAGAUUUCGAGAAUACUGAUGACGAAGAAGAAGAUCUCAAUGAUCAAGUCCCUCCAGACGACGAGGAUGAAUUUGAUGAAAUCGAUGGAGAUGUCUCCGAGUUGGACAUAGUUGACUGA